CAACUACUACAAGGCCCAAUAAUGUAAUUCCAUAUAUGAAAACAAAAUCAAACUCUGCAACUAUUUCUUCUUCGACUUGAUUUACAGAGACAGAAUCAAAAAAUUUGGGUAUUUGGAAUUGAGUUGAGUCGGAGUUAGACUCUCAGCAGCCAUGGAAGUUGAUUUGGUGCCAAUGGCAUCUGCUAUUGGUGUAUCAGUACCAGUAUUAAGAUUCUUAUUAUGUUUCGUAGCAACAAUUCCAGUUAGUUUCUUACAUAGAUUUGUACCUGGGACUUUGCCAAAACAUCUCUAUUCAGCAAUUACUGGUGUGAUUUUAUCAUAUCUUUCUUUUGGCUUCUCUUCAAAUCUUCACUUUUUGAUUCCCAUGUUAUUGGGCUAUACUUCUAUGAUUGUGUUGAGAAAGUAUUGUGGAAUUAUUACUUUCUUCACUGGAUUUGGUUAUCUUAUUGGAUGCCACGUAUAUUACAUGAGUGGGGAUGCAUGGAAGGAAGGAGGGAUCGAUGCAACUGGAGCAUUGAUGGUGUUGGUCCUAAAGGUCAUCUCAUGUGCAAUUAAUUAUAAUGAUGGGUUAUUAAAAGAAGAGGGUCUUCGUGAAGCGCAAAAGAAAAACCGUCUGCUUAAGUUGCCUUCACUAAUUGAGUAUAUCGGAUACUGUCUGUGCUGUGGAAGUCACUUUGCUGGGCCAGUUUAUGAAAUGAAAGAUUAUUUAGAAUGGACAGAUAGAAAAGGGAUUUGGGCACCCUCUCAGAAAGGAACACCAUCGCCUUUUGGUGCAACCAUUCGAGCUAUCUUGCAAGGCGCUCUCUGCAUGGGCUUGUAUUUGUACCUGGUUCCGCAUUUUCCAUUGUCCCGGUUCACUGACCCUCUAUACCAGGAAUAUGGUUUCUGGAAACGGCUUAGUUACCAAUAUAUGGCUGGGUUUACAGCAAGGUGGAAAUAUUACUUUAUCUGGUCAAUUUCUGAGGCUUCGAUCAUUAUUUCUGGCUUGGGUUUCACUGGUUGGACUGAUUCUUCUUCACCAAAAUGGGACCGAGCGAAAAAUGUUGAUAUUCUUGGAGUUGAAUUUGCUAAGAGUGCUGUUCAGUUGCCAGUUUACUGGAACAUUCAAGUCAGCACUUGGUUACGCCAUUAUGUGUAUGAGAGGCUCAUUCAGAAGGGUAAAAAACCUGGUUUCCUGCAGUUGCUGGCUACACAGACAAUUAGUGCUGUAUGGCAUGGACUGUAUCCUGGAUACAUCAUUUUCUUUGUUCAAUCAGCAUUGAUGAUUGCAGGUUCAAGAGUUAUUUACCGAUGGCAGCAAGCUGUUCCUCAGGGUCUUAAGACCGUACUUGUCCUUAUGAAUUUCGCAUAUACCGUACUGGUUCUUAACUAUUCCUGCGUUGGGUUCAUGGUAUUGAGCAUGCACGAGACGCUAGCUUCAUACGGGAGUGUACAUUACAUUGGUACUGUCAUCCCCAUUGUGUUGAUCCUCCUCGGUAUGGUUGUCAAACCAGCAAAGCCUGCAAGAUCAUCUAACCCAAGAAAAGAAGAGUGAAAAAAAAAUCAGAAGACCGUAUUUCGAAACAAGAUAAAUCCAAAAGUGGUUAAAAGAAGCAGUCUAGGGCUUCAUCCCUGAUUCAUUUUCUUGUUCAGAAUUGUUAUAUUUCUAAUUUAGACAAAAAGCUCUAACUUAUUGAUUGAUCUUCUUUGAAAAUUUCCCCCAUGUAAAAAACCUCAGUUUAAAUCUUCACUGAGAUUUUCUUUUAAUCAUUUUCUUCUUUUUAUUGCUUCUGCAA